AUCAGGGACAUGGCUGGGGACACAGGGACAGAGGGGACAUCAGGGACAUGGCUGGGGACACAGGGACAUGGCUGGGGACAGCAGGGGACACGGGAUAUCAGGGACAUGGCUGGGACAGCAGGGACAUGGCUGGGGACAGCAGGGGACCACGGGACAUCAGGGACAUGGCUGGGGACACAGGGACAUGGCUGGGGACAGCAGGGACAUGCUGGGGACAUCAGGGACAUGGCUGGGGACAGCAGGGACAGGGACAUCAGGGACAUGAGGGACGUGGCUGUUCUGGGCCAGCUCCUCCAGCAGACUGCGGUGCUUGGCUGGGGACAUCAGGGACAUCAAGGACAUGGGGUAUGGGGACACUUGGGGACAUGGGGGACACAGGACUUGGCCAUGGCUGGUGAACAGGGGACACAUGGGACAUCAGGGACAUGGGGGACACAGUGUGAGGGACAGGGGACAUGGCCAUGGGUGACAGGAGUGACACGGGAUGGAGCUGUGUAUGACGUGAGUGCUCCUGCUCUCAGCCACACGAGGGACAGGGGACUCAGCCACCUGUGUCACCAGUGUCACCCAGUGUCCCCAGUGUCCCCAGCCUCGGCCACUGGUGCCAGGUCCAGCCCCGGCCUCUGCCACCAUCACAAAUGUCACAAUGUCCCCAGACUCAGUCACUCAUGUCACGAGUGUCCUGGGCUCAGUCCCCGGUGCCAGCCCAGCCCCAGCCUCAGCCAGUGGUGUCACAACUGUCCCCAGCCUCAGCCACAAGUGUCACCGGUGUCCCCAGCCUCAGGCACAGAUGUCACCAGUGUCCCCAACCUCAGUCCCUGGUGUCACAACUGUCCCCAGCCUCAGUCCCUGGUGUCACUGGUGUCCCUGCCUCAGUCCCCGGUGUCACCGGUGUCCCUGCCUCAAUCCCCGCUGUCACCAGUGCCCCUGGACUCAGCCACUGGUGUCAUGAGUGUCCCAAACUCAGCUGCUCAAGUCACAACUGUCCCAAACCUCAGUCCCUGGUGUCACCGGUGUCCCCAGCCCCAGUCCCUGGUGUCACCGGUGUCCCCCAGCCCCAGUCCCUGGUGUCACCGUGUCCCUGGACUCAGUCCCUGGUGUCACCGGUGUCCCCAGCCCCAGUCCCUGGUGUCACCGGUGCCCUGGACUCAGUCCCUGGUGUCACCGGUGUCCCCAGCCCCAGUCCCUGGUGUCACCAGUGUCCCCAGCCCCAGUCCCCGCUGUCACCGCGUCCCCGGGCUCAGUCCCGGUGCCAGCCCAGCCCCCGGCCGUGACUCAUGUGACGCUCACGGGAUGUGACAGGGACCGAGCAGGGACCGACGGCGGCUGCUCCGUGUCCCCCCCGUGUCCCCCCCCGCUG